AAUACUUUCUUCCAAUCCAGUCCUCUUUUUUAAAAAAAAGUUAAAACACAAAUGCGCAUACAACAAACUCAAAGAGUCCUGUUUAGAAAGUGAAGACCGAGGGAUGUGCAAGCCCCGAAGGAUCUAACGUGUGUAACACUGAAACUGUAAGCGGCGUAUCGUUUAGUUCUGAGUAUAGCACCAGGAUUCAAGUUGGAGGCUUCCCCGGGUGAAAUAACAUUAUAUCAGCAACUGAUACCGUCAUUCAUUCCCUGUUGUAGGCUUGGUUAUUGAAACCAAAAUGUCCUCUAUAGACCCUUAUCAACAGAUAAUGGUGGAACACCAGUAUUCACACAAAUUGACUGUGAUAGUUAAGCAAGCCAAGAAUGUUACCAAGGGGGCUAUUGGAGAUAUGCUUGACACUCCUGACCCCUACGUGGAGCUGUUCAUCCCAGCGGCCCCGGACAGCAGGAAAAGAACGAAACACAUCGAUAACGAUGUGAACCCUGAAUGGAAUGAGACCUUUGAGUUCAUUUUGGACCCUAACCAGGAAAAUGUUCUGGAGAUCACGCUUAUGGAUGCCAAUUAUGUGAUGGACGAGACUAUUGGUACAGCAACUUUUCAGAUAUCAACUUUGAAACUGGGAGAGAAGAAAGAUGCCAUAUUCAUCAUCAGCAAAGUUAUAGAAAUUACUAUGGAAUUAUCUCUUGAAGUUUGCAGUUCUGCAACAGAUCUCCGUUUCAGCAUGGCUCUGUGUGAGGAAGAGAAGAUUUUCCGACAGCAGCGGAAGACUAAAAUAAUGGAACAUGUGAACAGUUUGUUAGGGGCUGGUCACUUGGCCUCUGCUCGUGAUGUACCAGUUAUUGCGAUAUUGGGAUCUGGCGGUGGAUUCCGUGCCAUGGUGGGGUUUGCUGGUGUAAUGAAAGCACUAUAUGAAUCUGGAAUUUUAGACUGUGCAAUGUAUAUUGCUGGCUUAUCUGGAUCCACAUGGUAUAUGUCAACACUGUAUUCACACCCAGAUUUUCCAGUGAAAGGACCAAAGGAAAUAAAUGAAGAGUUGAUGAAAAGUGUCAGUCACAACCCGUUAAAACUGCUUACUCCUCAGAAAGUCAAGCGAUACAUUGAAGCAUUAUGGAAAAAGAAGAGCUCUGGGCAACCAGUUACAUUUACAGAUAUCUUUGGAAUGUUGAUUGGAGAAACACUCAUCCAAAAUAGGUUGGGUACCACUUUGUGUGAUAUGAAGGAGAAAGUCAGCAAAGCCCAGUCUGCUCUGCCACUUUUUACAUGCCUCCAUGUUAAACCUGAUGUAUCAGAACUGAUGUUUGCCGAUUGGGUGGAAUUCAGCCCCUAUGAGAUUGGGAUGGCUAAAUAUGGCACCUUCAUGACUCCGAAUUUGUUUGGUAGCAAAUUUUUUAUGGGAACAGUAGUGAAAAAAUAUGAAGAGAACCCACUGCACUUCUUAAUGGGUAUCUGGGGAAGUGCAUUUGCUAUAUUAUUCAACAGAGUCCUUGGAGUUUCCAAUUCUCAAAAUAAAGGGCCCACGAUGGAAGAAGAACUAGAAAAUAUCAGAAUGCGGCACAUUGUGAGCAGUGAUUCAGAUAGUGAUGAUGAGUCAGAGAGGCCAAAAGGCACAGAAAACCCUGAUGCUGAAAGAGAACAUCAACAGAGCAGCCAGGAAAGCUGGGUCCAGCGCAUGUUUAUGGCCCUCGUGGGUGACAGCGCCCUUUUCACUACCAGAGAAGGGCGAGCAGGCAAAGUGCACAAUUUCAUGCUGGGCUUGAAUCUCAACACUAGCUAUCCAUUUUCCCCUCUGUCUGGUCUCAGUACUCAAGAAUCUAUGGAGGAAGAUGAAAUGGACACUGCUGUGGCAGAUCCUGAUGAGUUUGAAAGGAUAUAUGAACCAUUAGAUGUAAAAAGCAAAAAGAUUCAUGUUGUGGACAGUGGACUCACAUUUAACCUGCCAUAUCCACUUAUCUUAAGACCCCAACGAGGGGUUGACCUUAUAAUCUCAUUUGAUUUUUCUGCACGCCCCAGUGAUUCCAGUCCUCCUUUUAAGGACAUUUUGCUUGCUGAAAAAUGGGCCAAAAUGAACAGCCUUCCAUUCCCUAAAAUAGACCCAAAUGUUUUUGAUCGUGAAGGCUUAAAGGAGUGCUAUGUCUUCAAACCCAAGAAUCCUGCUUCAGAUAUAGAUUGUCCAACAAUUAUCCACUUUGUUUUGGCCAAUAUCAACUUCAGAGACUACAAAGCACCAGGUGUUCCAAGGGAAACUCAGAAAGAAAAGGAUUUUGCUGAUUUUGAUAUUUUUGAUGAUCCCGAUACACCAUUCUCCACUUUCAACUUCCAGUAUUCAAAUGAAGCUUUCAAAAGACUGCAUGAUCUGAUGGAGUUCAAUACUCUGAAAAACCUAGAUAUAAUCAAGCAAGAAAUAGCAAACAGUAUUGAGUACAGAAGACAGAACCCAUCUCGCUGCUCUGUAUCCCUCAGCGAUGUUGAAGCAAGGAGAUACUUCAACAAGCCACAGGGCAAUAACCACAUAUAGAGGCAACACCCUGAAGACUUUGUUCCCCAGAGCAGAGUGUCAUUGGACAAAUGGACUUUAUUGUGAGGAAAAUCCGUUUUUAGGAAGUGAAAUGCUGCAAAACAGAGGAAGACAAUUAUGUCAGUUAUUUUUGCUUUUUUUAAAAUCUACUUCUUUUUUCCUGUAAUACAGUAGUACGACAAUUCUCCAGUUUAAGCAAUACAAAACACAAAUUUUAAAAGUUCCAGCUAUUUUAUGAACAUUUUAUUUAAACAGCCCAAUUUUUUCACUUCAGAUUUUUGUUUUCUUUUGAAGAUAUGAUAAAUUCUCAUCCCCAUAAGAAUGGAAAGAAUGAUGUAUGUUGUGUCUCUGGUCAUUGUUGAAAAGUAUGCAUGUCCUUGUCCAGUGGUGCAUUUAUACUGACAUGCUAUAUCCAAAGCGUUAAUUUAUUCUGACAUUAGUAAGAACAAAAUCAACUUGUCAAAUAUUUUGUUUUGUUUUUUUUAAAAAAAAUCAGAGUUAAAUUACAAGUACACAUAACUUUUGUUCCUGUUUGAAGUACCUAAUUCAAAUAUGAACAAAAACUCCACCACUAACUAGUUUUUGACUGUUCUAAGGUUUAUCGUAACAUAUUCAUAUUUUACUUUAACUUAAUAACUCUCAAAUCUGAAUGUUCUGCUGUGACUUAAAUAGCAAUUGUGCAAAGAUGUGAAAUUUUUCCAUUCUUUCCAGGAACCUUGGAACUUUGUCCUUCCUUCCUUACAGGAAAGAUAAUGAGGCUUUCCUCAUGAUUGUGUUGGCAGGGGGGCGGGGGCGGUCAGGGUCCAAUUCACUUUCUCCCCAGAUGAUCUGGAACCUGCUGCUGGGAGUGCAACUUGUGUACAGAGGCGUAACUAGGGAAAAUGGCGCCCGGGGCAAGCACUGAAAUGGCACCCCCCGCGCCACAACAUACUACAUUAUACUUAGGUUUUUCCUCACAAGCGCCCGCCGCCAAGCCAGGCCACUGACUGGCCGCCAGGUGCCAGCAAAGCAAUGGGGGGGGGGGUGCGCGGGUGGCGCGGAAGGGACCGUUCGUGGGGGAUGGGCUGCCUACGCGCUCCCUUGACUGCUGCAGCGCUGCUGCACUGAGCAGGAAACAUUUGUAUUAACAAAAAAAAUUUAAAAAAUUAAAAAAAAAUUUUUGUCAUGUCGGCGCCCCCAUGUGACCAGAAAAGAUGGCGCCCGGGGCACGUGCCCCCCCUAUAGUUACACCUGUGCUUGUGCAGCACGGAUCAUUCAAGGCCAGGACUCGUUUCCCCAGCCUCCAGAUAUCUCUCUAUGCACCAUGUGAUGAGCAUGGGGGAUAACCCAGUGAGACAGGCACUCUAGGCACCCAUGCAGGCUGCAAGCAGCCCGAGCACACACUGGGGUUAAGGGCUACUGGAGUUAAGGGCUCGUUUGUACCCUUAACCUUGGCGAAAGGCUAGACUUUGAUGCGUGGUUAGGUGGGCAGCGAGCAGCCUAACUCAGGCUGGUCUGCCCUUGUUGCAAUUUGUGAUUGUUUAGCAAAGCAACAAAAGGAAGCGAACCACUCCAGUUAUGGAGUAGUGCAGAGCCUUAUUGUUGCAGUUAGUCAAGAACAAGCAUGGAGGUUGUAGUGCAGUAUAGAGUAAAUAAGAUUUAUUAGGUUAAGUACAUUUGAGAUAGGAAAGACCUAUCCUAACUAUGAGCUACAUAAUGAAGAGGAGGGGAGAGAGAGCGUGAUGCUCCCAUCUGCUCUCCAAGGAGAAAGGAAGUAGAACUGACUCGCUACAGGAAAUAUCUGGGGACUCAAGGCAGGGGUCACUGAGCAGAGGCAAAGCAGGGACAAGUAACUAACUACCUCUACUCUCAAUGCCCCUAGUGGUCAUUAGGAUAGUUGGUGCCAAAGGUUGAUGCACUGGAACUCGAUCUCCAACAGCCUUAGCCUGAGUUAGGCUGCUCGUGAGAACAGCCUUAAUAUGUUAAUUUAAGUAGUUUUAGAAUCUCCCGUAUUUUGAUAUUCUUUGUUAAUUGGGACUGCAUCUUUCAAGACCUAUCAGUGGGCAACAUCCAGACUAAGUUAGACAUGAUUAAGAAAUUACUGGCACUUAAGUUAGUCAUGAUUAACUUGUCUCGUUGAUUUUAAUGGUGCUUAGUCAUGAUUAACUGGUCUGGAUUUUUGUUCAAUCCAUUUGUAUUUUUCUUAUUGCUGCUAGUAAACAGAAAAUAACUCCCACCUUGGAACAACUUCUGAUAAGGGGCAAUCACCACUUUAGUCUGUAUUAGUUUAUUGAUUAUACAACAAUUUGUGGAAGUGUGUUAAUAUCAUGAAUGCUACUUCAUCUCAGAGUUCUAUAAAGAGAAUUAUAGAGAAUUAUGGUUUGAAUGAUGCAGCUCCAGACAGCUGCCCACCACACAAAGAGGAUUGAGGGUCCCCUUCCACCAUUAAGUGGGGACAGAACAUCCAAACCAGCCCUUACUGUCACAGUGGCCAGUUCAAAUGAGCCACGCUCAUGCAGCCAUGCAGAGCUAGCACAUCUGGUACAUGGAGAGUGGAGGUAGAUCCUCUUUGCAUGAUGCACCCAUCAUGGCCUGUCGGGGCCAGUUUGUCCAAACCGGCCCUUUUAUUAGGACUUUAAAAAAAAUUCCCUGAUAGAUAAAUAGAGCCAAAAUGAAAAAUAUUACCAAUUGGAAAUUUAGCUAAUUCCUUCUAUUUUAAAUCACCAAAUUUUAAAUUGUCAAACUGGAAUGUGUACCGACUUUCUAAAAUUCCACAAAGUUUGGAUUUUAGCGGCAGAACCAGAUUAGUGGCUCUUUUUGAAAAUUGGGUCAAAAAUUAGAAUUUCAAUUAAUGGGACGGAAUUAUUUAUUUAUUUAUUUAUUUUCAUUUUGUAUACCACUCAUUCAAAAAACUACUCAGGGUGGUUCACAGUCAAAUGUAAAACAAUAAGAAUUUGGAUUUUUAACAUUUAAAAAUUUUCAAUGGUUUUAAAACCUUUUAAAACCAUGAUGCUUCUUUCACAAAGUGAAUAUUAAUAUUUAGAAAUUUUAGUUGAAGCUUUAAUUAUAUAGCACUAAAGGGUUACACUGAGAGUUACUUGUGACAUUAGAUGAGCAGUCAAAUAAGAGCAAACCUUUGAAGAAAUGCAGGGGUGUUGAACUUGUGUUCUUUGCACUUCUGCUGUAACUCGCAAAAGUGGGAAAUUGUUCUCCAGCAUGACAUCCCAACUUUUUAUCAUAGCCAGAACGUUUAUGGUGUAUAUAUGCGGACCCCAGGAUACUAGGGAUGUGCAUGAGAUGUUCAUGCACUCCCUUGUGGGGCAAGGAGGGGUGCCUUUAAAAACCAGGUGAGCUCCUUAACUGCUCACUGCUUUCCUCCCACCAGCACUCACUUUAGAAACAGCCACGUGGGGCUACAAUGCUCCUACCAUUGUCAACACAAUGUUGACCAUGCAAAUAGCUGGACAUGUGCGUGCUGACGCCGAUUUGGGCUGCAGGAAGGAACGUUGCAGGCCUGCGCACCUGUCUCUAAAACGAGCGGGGGGGGGGAGUGGGGGGGAUGAGCAGGUAAGGAGCUCCUUACCUGAUUUUUAAAGGAAACCCCUCACCACCCGUCAAGCCGACUCAAACUCGGACAGGUUCAGCGCUCAAGAAAGGCAGCGCCGAACCUGUUCAUGCACAUCCCUACAGGAUGCUUCAGGAAGGCAAGAGUCAUUGAAACAACAGAACCCUAAAUAUUGGUUGUAUAGUCCGAUUUACCUUAAACCUAAUUUAUUAAAUUAUGUUAAUGAAAUCUAAUAAUAUAAAGAAGUGAGUGCCAAGCUUUUGUCAAUCAUCCAAGGGCCCCUUGUACUCCUUAAGUACAACACGGUAGUGUAGGAGCAGAAUUACUUAUCAAACACAUUUGCUUUUCUUGUUCAUUUACUCAGUUGGUAAAAGGGUGAUGUCAGUUUUUUCUGUAUAGCUGAACAUUCUGAGAAGGGUCCUGAAAUAUCACUCAUGGGCCAGUCCUCCAACUUCCUGUUAGUUGCCCUCUUCAUACACUCUUUCAGUGAUAUUCUAAUGCGCAAAGGAGUCUGAAAAUCUAAUAACUUACUCUGUUCCCAAGUAAUAUCUCAAAAAUGGCUAGCUAUCUAAAGUCACUACAUAAGCCCUCAUCAGGUAUUAUAAAAACGAGGGAUGCAGUACAGGGCUUCUGAGCACAUCAGUGCAGGGGUAGGGGUUCAGAGCGCACUCUUAGAGGUGCUGUAUGCAAGCACUUUGCAUUCCCAGCUUUCAUUCUCAUGAAUAAUUAUGCCCUUUCUUAAUUUAUAUUUGCUUAUUUCAAACCUUGAUUCUGAAAAUGAAGUGCCUUUAGGCUCUCAUGCUGUGCUUUCAGCAUACCCUUACGGGAGCUUAACAACCUCCUAUAGCUCUCCUGUGAUUUACUUGGAGGUGGGUGAUCUCUUUGCCAACAAAUAUUUCUGUGGAUAGGUACCAUAGUGGGUUUCCUGCUUUGUUCAGAAUUUUUGAAGCAUCUGACAUUUUAAACUGUUUUUAUCUUUCCUGGUUCAAUUCCAGGUCAACUUGUGUUAUGUAUAAACAAUAAUAACUGAUUAUUGUGUAUAAACAAUAAUCUUUAGACAAUUUGCAAAACCAGUUUCCCCAAUGACAUCUUAGAACGUAAGCUGAAUUUUUAUAUGAUACUCUCUGCAGUAAAGAAACGUUAUAACAGCUGCUCAUUUAUUGCUUAUAUAGUGGUUGAUCCACAUAUUAUGAAUUAGGACACAAUUUUAAUUGUCUAAAAUAUGAAAAACCUACAAGAAAGAACUCAUUUCAGUUUCUUACACUCUUAACAGCUCCUCCAUUGUCCAUCUUUAUGUCUAAUAUUAGGGGACUAAUAAAAGCUCUCUCUUACUGAUUAAUCAGUUUUAUUUGGGGUUGAAAUAGUACUUGUUUAAAUCCAAGAUAAAAUAAAAGCAAGUUAUCUUACACUUAUAUAUUUUAAAACUAUAAGUAAUGAAACAAAAAGAAACUGGUGCAGCCUUAUUUUCAUAUAUCAUUUACAAAAAAGCAUGUAUUUGUCAUGUUCCAUGGUUAAUAUGGUUGUUUUGUACAUAGAUUAGUGACAACUUGUCAGUUUUAUACAGAGUGCAGUUUUGUAUGCAUCUUUUCUUGCAGGAUCUUAUAAAACUGUAUUAUUGCACAUCCACAUUUGUCAUAGCAUUAUCUUGUUACUGGAUACAGAAUACAAUAUGAAAUUCAAUGUAUUACUUUGUUCUAUCAAUAUAUCUGUACUUUCUUUA